CAUGCGCUGAUGAAUCUCGGACAAUGGGCGCUCUCCGAUCCCCGUACUUAUACGGGCUCUGACCGUGGCGCAAAGUCGAGGCACCUCCUCCCCCUUAGCUGUUCCACGGUCACGUCCCCCCCGCCCUAGCUAGUUUGCAGCAGUGUUCUUGAAGGAUUCAACCAUGUCCUCCAUUGAUCCCCCAAGCACUCUCAAUCCUACCCAGGUCGCGGUAGCAAUGGUCCAGCACGGCAUUGCGAAGCACAACACGCGGGGAGACAAGCUGUUCUUCAAAGCCGUUCUCGCCGGUGUCAUGCUGUCGUACGGAGGUCUUAUGAGCGAGAUUGUCGGCGGUGGCUCAGCGGGCCUCGGUGUGAACAACCCGGGUCUCGUUAAGUUGCUCGCAGCGGCCGUCUUCCCAGUGGGCCUCGUAAUGAUCGUGCUACAAGGGCACGAGCUGCUCACUAGCAACAUGAUGAUCUUCACCAUGGCCUGUCUGAAGGGUGCGGUCCCGUGGUGGGGGCUCCCAUGGAACUGGGUAAUCGUGACUUUCGGGAACUUGUGUGGGAGUCUGUUCUUCGCUGCCGUGUUGACGAAAUACAGUGGCAUCAUCUCGACUGAGCCUUACAUCAGCUAUGCGCAAACCUUCGCCAUACACAAGGCACAGGAGCCUGCGUGGUACCAGAUCUUCCUUCGCGGUAUCGGGUGCAACUGGAUGGUCUGUGUCGCUGUUUGGCAAGCCUCUGGUGCCAAAGAUACGCUCUCCAAGGUCGUCGCCAUCUGGAUUCCUAUCACGAUUUUCGUGACGGCUGCCUUCGAUCACGUCAUCGCAAACAUGUAUUCGAUUCCACUUGGCAUACUCUUGGGGGCAGACAUGACGGUCGCUGAAUACAUCAGGAAGUCACUUAUCGCUUCCUACCUCGGUAACAUUGUAGGUGCCCUGAUCGUCGCUCUGCCGGCAACAUACUUCUACCUCGGCGACUACCGCGCUAGCGGUCUGCGUGGAGCCGAGGAGGGCGAGGUGUUCAACACCGCCAAAGAAGUCGUCAACGAUGAAGAUAGUACCAAGGGCAGCAACGGCAAGGCGAACGAGGAGGCCUUCGAAGUGUCGCGCGAAAAAUAGGCUGGCGGUGUUGACUUGACUUCAACGUCUGGCAUCGUGUGUAGAUGCUUUUUGU